AUGGCUGUGGAGACUUUUGUAAACUCCAGUUUUCUGCAGAUCUUUUUAUGGGAACGCUUCAAAGGGGUAGAGGUAUCUCCACUCCCUUAUUCAAAGGCUGAGUCACUGGUUGCUUCGGACGAGAAUUCCUACAUGCCGGGUAGUCUUCCUCUGAUCUGUAGAUGGUCCCGUCGCAUGCAACGGAAGGGCCAAAACUUUUUAGAGCUGCUGGACGAUGUUGAGCAAUUUAUUUUCCGUCCCUAUUGUGCCUCAUCAGAGGGUUUUAGAAGUAUGCCCCUCUACGCUGACUCUGCUGCUUUAAUGGAGGCUCUGGCCAUGCCAACACAAGGUUGUCGGUUACGCAGAGAGGCAUUGUUGAGUGCCGCAUGCCUCCCUCUGCCCACAUUCGGUGAUGACCACUUGGAGAUUUCUGUGCAUUAUUCCCCUUACCGGGUUAGACGACAGCUUGGGUUUGACCAAGGCGUGCCCUCUCGUCCCAACCAUGGAGGUUCCUUGACCUUGCACAGGGUUUUCUGGACUGGUGACAGUGUGCCGGGAGACGGCAGACCUCUUGCCCUGCUCUGGCCAGCCGGCAGCGCGUUGGUAGUCUCUCAAAGGCCUACCAAAAUUAUUGGAACCGUGCUUUGCCUCGUUCAGCCGAUUCCAUGCUGCCCAUUCGGGAAGUUGGAAAAGUCGGGUUCUCACAGCGCCGGGAAAAGUGUUGUACAUGGGAAACGGAAGCGCGAGGAAAGCUGCAGCGCCGAGAAAAGGCAAGCUGUAAAAGGGCCGAAAAGGUUCAUCCCCAAGGUAGCAGCAAGUGGUCCUCCUAGCUCAAGAAAAGUUGCCUUGCCGGAGCCUUUACAGCAGCAGCCUGUAGCUUCCGGCAGCAGCGAGCGAGCAGCUCCAAAAGCUUCAUCUCCUCACAGUACUUCCCAAAGUAAAGGCAAGGGUAAGGGGUUUUCCGUGACCCCGAAACGUCGAAGCAUGCGUAUUCUUGAAACGCGGUUUGCUAAUACCCUGAUGAUAGUGAUGACAGUGGCGCUGCGGGAACUGAGACUAACAUUCAUGAGCAAGAGAGCGCUCGCGAUACAAGUGGCAUGGAUGAGGACCUUGAUGAAGGCCAAUACGAUAGUCACGACGAAGACACCUAUCCGGCCUUUCGGCACUAGCUUGGGGGAGCUCGAUGACUCAGAUACGACUCCUGCUUUGACUAGCGAUCAUGGACAGCGCGUCGACAUUGAACUGGUCGUGCCCACCAUUGAAGGCACGAUAGGUGCUCCAUCGGAGGCUGAUUUUGCCCUUCCUACUACUGUCGCUGAAGCUGUCCUGAGCCUUCCGGCAGUGCAACCUCCUCCUUCUCCUAACCCAUGUACUCCUGACAUGGCUGCUGACGCCUCUCCGCCACUUCCAACAGUUCCUCCUCCUAUCUCUCCAAUUCCGAACGCACCUGACAUAGCUUCCGGCACCGCUCCACUUCUUCCAGCAGCACAUCCCUUUGCUGGGAUUAUUGACAAUAGUCAUAAGAAUGGUGAUGCUUUUAUCGCAGGUUCCUCAAAAGGGCGUUCAUUCGAGAAAGGCAUGUCUUGGCAAGAUUGGGAAAACUCCUACACGGCAUUCAAAGCCUUCUUUGAUGGUGGUGUCACCAUUCUUAGAUCCAUUGAUGAACUUCUUCCGCUUUGCCACAGAUUCGAUGGUUAUGCGACAUUCCAAGGUGCCCUCGUGUAUCCAGAGACGGUUGCAGCCUUGAAAAGGUUCAUGGACAAAUACGGAAGUUUGAUGGAAGCUACAGAUGUCACCUCUUCUUUCUCAAGGUGUACUGCCCUUCGAGCCCUUGGCUUAGUACUUCACGGAAUGGACACCAUGCAACUCCUUGAUAUUACGGAUCACAAACUGCUCUGUUGGCGAGAUGCAAUAUGCGAGGCCAUGAUUCUGGGCUUUCGCGUGGAAUUUCUUCUUAAACUCGUGAAGAGCUUAGCACGUGCCGUCUUUGGAGCACGGGCCAUUCGUAGUAUGCAAUUAUCGCAUGAUUCUGAUGAAGUAAAAGCUGCUGCAGAUGCCUUGAAUAUUAAACAACAGGAGUUGGAGAACCAGCGCCGGGAGAUGCAUGCCCUUCUUCUUGCUAAGGGUAUUUCUGUUGACAGCGCUGAGUGCGUGACGGAGGCAGCGGCCAGAUUAUCUCCUGGGGCUUCCUUUGUUCUUUUCGGACAUUCCCCAUAG